AUGGCCAAGAGUAUAUUAAAGGAUAAUCACACACAACCAAUUGAGGGUAGUUCUCAGUUUGUUCAAUUACGAUCUCAAUCACAAACGCAGAGUAUAACCCAAACAAAUAGAAGAGUAUCAUUUGCAAGAGAAGUAACGUUGCAUAAGAUUGAUUAUAUUCAGAAUCCAAAUAAUAAACGACGUAAGACUAUUGCUGGCGAUGAAAUACAGUCUAGUCAAGAAAGACGUCUAUCACUCGGUGAGAUAUCCAAGGGAUCAUUUCUGGAUACAGAUGGUGGUAGUAAUAGUGAAGAUGAAGGAGGAACAAGAAUGAUCAGUGAUAGCUCUGAAGAAGAGGAAGAAGAAGCAGAACAUAGAAACAUUGAAGCUGUUGGAGAUAUUGUUGAUGAUAGUGAUGAUGAAGGAGUUAAUCAUGUACAAGAAGAUGUGGAAUCAGAAGAUGAUAAAACUAUGGAUUUAACUGAUACCUUGAAAGAAGCUAGAGAGACCAUGAGAAGAAUGGAAAAGGAUCAAGAUGAUGAGCAAACUAUGGAACUAACUGGAACUAUUCCUAGACAAGCAGCCGCUAGUACAGAGAAGGUAGGAGUUGGUUUUCAAAUUUUUGAUGUACCCGCUGGAACUGAUCAAGUUAUUGAUGAAGGUGAUUCAGAUGAUAGUAUCAAGUUCAUCAAACAAUCAAUAUUAGCGGAACCAGCCAAUUGGGUUUCUGAUCCGGUACUUAAAUCUGAACCAGUUGCAGAGAAGAAUGUUCCUGAUAGUCAAGAUGGCGACAAUGAAGAUGAUACUCAACCAAUGGAGUUGACACAGACAUUACCUAAAACGGUGAGUAAUACCAUUGAAAAACCAGUACUAAAAGAUAUAACUGAAGAAGAACAUAGUCAUUCUGAUUCAGAAAUUGAUGAGAUGGCUGAUGAAUUAGAAAAUGACAUGCGAGAUAUUGAAAAUGAUGGAAAUCCAGACAUAGAAGAGUCAGGAGAUAAAGUUGCUAUUGAAGAAGGAGAUGGUCUUGAAAGUCAACUGUUUCAUCAUAAUGAUCUUUCCGAGCAUAUGGACUUGACAUUGGUGGAUGUGAAGAAAAUAAAUCUUGAUGAACCGACCAAUUAUACUGAUGACAAUGAGAUUUCUAUGGCUAUGGAUUUGACUAUUAUUCAACCAAGGAGGGAGUUGUUACGAGAAUCCGCUACUGGUACAGCUCUUACUACUGUCAAGGAAUCAAAUGAAGAAAGUAUGUCUAAAGUUGAUAAUGUUGAAAGUAUAUCCAAUCAAGAAGAACAUGACUCGUCACUGGAUGCAGAUGAAGAAGGUUCAAUGGAAUUAACACAAUCUGUUCCGAAUUAUGUUCAAAAAUCACAAACAGAGGAUCAUGAAGAAGAAGAAGAAGGUGAUCAUGAAGAUGAUGAUGAUGAAAUGCAAUUGACGACAGCAUUUCCAAAGAAAGUUGAUGUACCAGUUGAAAAUAUACCAGAGAAUAGCCAGCCAAUGGAUUUAACACAAACCACACCAAAAACAGUUACUGAAGCUGAUUUUGAGACUAAUGAUGAAGGGCAAGAGGAGGAAGAAGAAGAACCAAUGGAAUUAACUCAAGCAAUUCCAAAGCAAGUUAACGAAUCUGUGGCUCUACAGCAGCCAACAGCGGCUGAAACUGGUAGUUUUGAACAAGCUAGUGGUGUUGACAAAAAGGUACAAGAAGAUGAAAAAGAAGGUGCUACUAAUAUCCUAGAGCAAAAGGAAGAUGAUCAGGAAAUACCGAUGGAUCUUACUCAACCAUUACAUAUAAGGAUUGUACCACCAAGUGAAAACCCAAAUUCUAUGAAACAAGUAAGUCAAACUGAUGAAGAAGAGUCAACGAUGGAACUUACCACUUCUAGAGUUCAAAUUGACAAGGAACAUCCUGUAGAUGAGGUUAUGUCAUCACAGAAUGAACAAUUUGUCAAAUCAGACAAUUCCAUUGAACCAUCACAAGCUAUGGAUAUUUCUCAAAACUCAAUCACAGAAGAUACAUCUCAUAUUGAACAAGUAGUCACAACUACCAUACCACUCGCAGAAAUCACCCAGGAUGAAGAUGAUCAAAUACAAGAAGAAGGAGAUUAUUAUGAGGAUGAAGAAGAUGCCAAUUAUGUACCAGUUACUUUAUCCGACUUUUUCAAUGAUAUUGGAGUGCAAUUUUAUGACGAUUUAGAAUUGGAUAUUACUAGUAUUACUCGAUCAAGUAUGACUGGAACAACAGAAGUACCUACUAUGGAGGACUAUAUUAAAUCUCGACCACAAUUAGGAUUAUUAGAAUUAUAUGAAUUUUGUUGUCAAGAGUUGAACAAGAAUAUCAUUAAUGGUCGAGAAAUUUAUGGAGAUUUCGAGAAAAACAUCGAAAUCAAUAACCCUGCAUUGUUUAAGAAAUAUUACAAAUUGGAUGAAAAGGAUAAGUUGUUGACUAAUAUUAAACUUCAGUUGAUACGUGAUUACGCUAGAUUACAAAGUAAAAAAACUUGGUAUAGUUGGAGAAGUCAAUUAAUUGAAAGUUUGAUUAGUCAAUUAGAUGUUGAUAUUGAAAACAUGGAAUCAGACAAGAAAAGGCUAACAUCAGCCAUUGAACAAGUCAAUGAAAUGUAUGAUAUGGCUAGACAGAACUUGAUUCAAUUACAAAAGAAAUUCAAUGAAUUGAUAAGUUCACCAACCGAAGGAGAUAGUGUACCUGUGGCCGAAUUGAGGAAAUUAAAGGAUGAAGUAUCUCGAGCCAAACAAGAUAUUCUUAACUUCAAUAUUGAUAGAACUGAAAAAGAAGAAGAAUUGAGUGACGUCAAGGGAUCAUGGAAUACCAGUAUUGAUCUGAAAUCAGAACUACAAUCAAAUUUACAAGAAUUACAAACUUUUCAAGAAGUAGAUAAUCAAGAAUUGAGAAACAUAUUUGAAAAAUAUAAAACUAUUCAAGAAUUAUCUGAAUUAACUCAUGAUGGUUCUAAAAUUACAUUUAUGUUUGAUAAAUCAUUAUUGGUUGAAUUUGAUUUUGCUUAUAAUAAUAUUAAUUAUACCAUAGAAGCCAAUAAUUUCAAAAAUCAAAUAUUAAUGCAAUCAGCUGUAAAUUUCCCAAUAAAUCCAAAUGAUAAAAUAACUGACCAAUUUAAGAAAUUUUCACAAUUUUGGUCAUGUUUGAAAAAAAUUGAUUUUGAUUUAUAUUAUGCAAAUUUGAAAUAUCCAAUUGAAAUAUCAAUUACUGAUGAUUCAAUUGAAUUGGUUAUUAAUUAUUAUAAUUUCACUGAUGGUUAUGAAUUACAAUUAUUAGGGAAUUUAAAAAUCAAUGAUCUUUUAACUUAUCAACAAUCAAUUAAGUUUCAAGGGAAAUCAAAACGAAAGAAUAUUCAUGAAAAUUUCAGAAAUCAACUAAUAAAAGAUCUUGAUAUUUUCCCAACAUUACAUUCUUUACAAUUAGUUCAAUAA